UCCCGCUCUUGAGAGCGAAUGGUCACUCGCCUGCGGGGAGGACGAUCCGGCCAGCUUUUCCGUGGGUCGCGGGCCCCCGCGGGCUCGGGGCAGGGGCUCACCUGUCGCACCCGCCCUCAGCCCGGUUAGACUCGUCGGCGUCACCGCCGCGGACCUCGCUCUGGGCCAUGACCAGAGUUACGGGAGAAACAUUUUUGAUGUAACAACCCCCAGUGAUAAGGACAGUCAGGAGCAAGAAAUGGUAUAGCAGAAGAUACAGCACCUGGUAAAAUGUUAUAUUCUAGAUAUGAUUGGUGAUUACAAGGUCCCUGUAUAAAUUAAUUCUUGUCAACUCCUUGGGAUUUGAAGAGAAAAUGCCCGGUGUCAUACCUAGUGAAAGUAAUGGGCUUUCAAGAGGUAGUCCAUCAAAAGAAAACAGACUUUCCUUGAAGGUUUUUCAGAAAACGGAAACCAAGAGAGCCUUGGAUUUCACAGAUUCUCAAGAAAACGAAGAAAAAACUUCUGAAUAUAGAGGGUCUGAAAUUGAUCAAGUUGUUCCUGCAGCACAGUCCUCACCUAUCAACUGUGAGAAGAGAGAAAACUUGUUACCGUUUGUGGGACUGAAUAAUCUCGGCAAUACUUGUUAUCUUAAUAGUGUACUUCAGGUAUUAUAUUUUUGUCCUGGUUUUAAAUCUGGAGUGAAGCACUUAUUUAAUAUUAUUUCAAGGAAGAAAGAAGCCCUAAAAGAUGAAGCCAGUCAAAAAGAUAAGGGAAAUUGCAAAGAAGAUUCUUCAGCAAGUUAUGAACUAAUAUGCAGCUUACAGUCCUUGAUCAUUUCAGUCGAACACCUUCAGGCUAGUUUUCUCUUAAAUCCAGAGGAAUAUACUGAUGAACUUGCUACUAACACACUCAGGGAACUCAACCCUAUGUAUGAAGGAUAUCUACAGCAUGAUGCACAGGAAGUAUUACAGUGUAUUUUGGGAAACAUUCAAGAAACAUGCCAACUCCUAAAAAAAGAAGUAAAAAAUGUGGCAGAGUUAUCUACUAAGGUAGAAGAAAAACAUCAGAAAGAGGAAAUGAGUGGUAAUAGCAGCAUGGAGAUGGACAAUAUGAGGCAUUCUGAAGACUAUAAAGAAAAAUUGCCAAAAGUAAAUGGGAAAAGAAAAAGUGACACUGACUUUGGUAACAUGGAGAAAAAAGUUAAAGUCUCUAAGGAACACCAGUCUUUGGAAGAAAACCAGAGGCAAACCAGAUCAAAAAGAAAAGCUACUGCUGAUUCAUUAGAUAUUCCUGCUAAAAUAAUCCCCAAGUACAUUUCUGAAAAUGAGAGUGCAGGACCCUCACAGAAGAAAUCAAGAGUUAAAAUAAACUGGUUAAAGUCUGCAGCUAAGCAACACAGCGUUAUUUCUAAAUUCUGUAGUCUGGGUAAAAUAACAACAAACCAAGAAUCCAAAGGACAAUCUAAAGAAAGUGAAUAUGAUCUUGAAGAGGACUUGGGGAAGUAUGAGAAUGACAAUAUAGCUAAUGGUUGUGGACUUGAAUCUCCAGGGAAUAAUGUUAUGCCUGUUAAUGAAGUUAAGCCCAUAAACAAAGGUCCAGAGCAAAUUGGUUUCGAGCUAGUGGAGAAAUUAUUUCAAGGUCAGCUGGUAUUAAGGACUUGUUGCUUAGAAUGUGAAAGUUUAACAGAAAGAAGAGAAGAUUUUCAAGACAUCAGUGUAGCAGUGCAAGAAGAUGAGCUUUCCAAAGUAGAGGAGAGUUCUGAAAUUUCUCCAGAGCCAAAAACAGAAAUGAAGACCCUGAGAUGGGCAAUUUCACAGUUUGCUUCAGUGGAGAGGAUUGUAGGAGAAGAUAAAUAUUUCUGUGAAAAUUGCCAUCAUUAUACUGAAGCUGAACGAAGUCUUCUGUUUGACAAAAUGCCUGAAGUUAUAACUAUUCAUUUGAAGUGCUUUGCUGCUAGUGGCUUGGAGUUUGGUUGUUAUGGUGGUGGACUUUGCAAGAUCAACACUCCUUUACUGACACCUCUUGAACUGUCGCUAGAAGAAUGGAGCACAAAGCCAACCAACGACAGCUAUGGAUUAUUUGCAGUUGUGAUGCGUAGGGGCAUUACAAUUAGCAGUGGGCAUUAUGCUGCUUCUGUUAAAGUCACUGACCUUAACAGUUUAGAACUAGAUAAGGAAAAUUUUGUGAUCGACCAAAUGUGUGAAAUAGGUAAGCCAGAACCAUUGAAUGAGGAGGAAGCAAGGGGUGUGGUCAAAAAUUAUGACGAUGAAGAAGUGUCGAUUAGAGUCAGUGGAAAUACCCAGCCAAGUAAAGUUUUGAACAACAAAAAAAAAAAUGUAGACGCUAUUGGACUUCUUGGAGGACAAAAGAGUAAAGCAGAUUAUGAGUUAUACAACAAAGCAUCUAAUCCUGAUAAAGUUGCCAGUACAGCAUUUGCUGAAAAUAGAAAUGCUGAGACUAACAAUACUAAUGGGACCCAUUAAUCUGAUAGAAACAAGGAAUCCAGUGACCAAACAGGCAUUAACAUGAGUGGUUUUGAAAACAAAAUUUCAUAUGUAGUGCAAAACUUAAAGGAGUAUGAGGGGAAGUGGUUGCUUUUUGAUGAUUCUGAAGUGAAAGUUACUGAAGAGAAGGACUUUUUGAAUUCUCUUUCCCCUUCUACAUCUCCUACAUCUACUCCUUACUUGCUAUUUUAUAAGAAAUUGUAG